UUGGAACGCACCCCAGGUAUAUAAGAUCUAUGUCUAACCAGUUGUCAACUUUAACAAUUAAUUAGUAUGUUCUGUGACAGUAUUGUUGCUUCUCGAGGUAGAAUAACGCUUUUUUUCUGCCAGAUUCUUCGUUUUACACAAAAACAAAUAAACAUAAAUUAAUCAUUACUGGAGAUGAGAUAGUUAAAUUGAAUAAUUAUUUUAAAUAUUAAAAAGAAUCUAUCCUAUAAAUUACAACAAAUAUAACAUAAUGGACGAUUCUACAAAAUUUGAAGAUACUGAAAUUAACAAUACGACUCCUGUGUGUUCUCAAGUGAAUCAAACAUGUUCUGAUACAAAGUCUUUUACGGAUAAUAAAAAUAUACAGGUUCGUGUUGUCCGUGGUGCUAAAAAGUUCAAAAUUGACAACGAUGUUAACAAUAUCGAGAAAAAAGAUGCAAAAGAUGAAGAAACCACUGAAGUUAAAGUAAAAUCUCUCAAACGUUCCUGUGAAUUGUGGUCUAUGGAAGAUAAAAAUACUUUUUUUAAAGCGCUUAACGAAUAUGGUAAAGAUUUUGAUGCGCUGCAAAGCUACUUUCUAAAUCAAGGCAAAAAGCGAGGUCUCUCAGAUGUCAUGAUAAAAAAUAAAGAGCAAAUUCGUCAUUUUUAUUACAGAACGUGGCUAAAGAUAUCAAAACAUCUUAAAUUUUCAGAAGAUGUCAAAAAAACAUCCCAGGAAUUAUAUGGAUUAAUAAAUUAUGGUGAACUUAGAAGAAAAUUACCUCGUAUUCAUGAGAAAGUUCAUUUAAGAUUGAAUGAAUUAGUAUAUUGGGGAUCUACACAAGUCAGGCUUAGAGGAAAAACUAUGAGAAUUAAAACACCAAUAUGUAGAGCACUUAGAAAAUUAAACCAGUUAGAAGAUUGGCAGGAAGAAAUUAAAUUACCAUCUAGAAUAAUGAUAGAACUGCGACCACGUAACAACAUGGCUUGGUGGCAAGUACAAGCAGCAUCCAUGAAUCCAAGAGUUCGUACGCUUCUCCCCAUACAACGACGCCUCUCAAGUUUAUUAAUCUUUUUACAACAGCGAUGGCGACUCGCAAAAUAUACCACAUGUUCCACUGUGGAAAAUCUUGUUGUUAACGAUAUAAAAGAUACUUGUUUAUUACGAGUUGCUCCACCAGAAGGAUGUAAAAUUGCUUUACCAAUGGUUAAUCUUGGAGAAUAUCUUACUAGUAACAGUGUUAGUUUGAAUUCAUAUGAAAAGCGUCUCGGUCUGAAGAGCUCGAGGGAAGAUCUGUUGGGAUCUGUCCAAUAUUUAAAAGGAGUAGGGAAAAAAGGCAUUAAGCGAUAUAAAUCGGAUAAAAAGCUGUUAAAUCGUGCUGAUGAAAAUUGUACACUGCCAGAUAUCAGUAGCGAUGUGGAUCUCUUAGAAACAGGAAGCAAUAUAUCUGAAAAACCGACGAUUAUAAAUAAUACAGAAAAAUCAUCAUCAGAACAUCACUCAGAGCCAAAUAGAUUUCCUGGUAGAGAAACUAUCGAAAGAAUUCGAAAGGGUUGGAACGUCGAAGAAGCAAACACGAUUACUGUAGGCGAUCUUUUUCUAAUGUUUGGUCGUGAAUCCAAGAUUAUACUUGAAUAUUGGUGGGAUUGGCUACCUAAUGAACAAUUUACGACUGAUUCAGCUUCAUCAAGUGUCAUGCGUGAUAACAGUUUAUGUUUGGUUUUACAAAAGUUAUUGUCAUUGGCAAAACAUAAUUAUGGUACAAACAAAGUAUAUGAUAACACAGGAAGUAACGAAACAGUAAUCUCGUCUCGAGUCCCAUCUAUUAAGGAAUCUACAUUCAGAAGACCUCUUAUCCCACAAACAUAUCAUAAGAUUGGUACAGCUGAUGCAUUUAAGACACAACUUGAUGUAAGUAUUAUAUUCAAUACAAUAUAAAAAGUGGGACAUUUA